AUGUACUGCCACUUCCGCUUAACUCUCUCCCGACCUCCGCGACCUCCGCGCCCCGACCUCCGCGCCCGAUUUCCGCGCCCGUUUUCGAGCCCGACCUCCCGCCCCGACUCCCGCGCCCCGACCUUCCGCAUUUCCGCGCCCCGUUUUCCGAGCCCCGAACCUCCGCGCCCCGACCUCCGCGCCCCGCCUCCGAACCCGACCUCCUCCCGCCCCGACCUCCGCCCCCGACCUCGAAACGAACCUUUCCCCCGACCUCGCGCCCCGACCUCCGAGCCCGACACCCCCGACCUCCGAACCCCCGACCUCCGAACCCCGACCCUCCGAACCCCGACCUCCCCGACCUCCGGACCUCCGCCCCGGAACCUCCGCGCCCGACCUCCGCGCCCGACCUCCGAACCCCGACCUCCGCGCGCCCGACCCUCCCGAAAACCCCCGAGCCCCCGAACCUCCGCCUCCGCCCCGACCUCCGCCCCGAACCCCGACCUCCGCCCGCGCCCCGACCUCCGACCCCGAACCCGCCCCGACCUCCGCGCCCGCCCCGACCUCCGCGCCCCGACCUCCGAACCCCGACCUCCGAACCCCGACCUCCGAACCCCCGACCCCCGCCUCCGACCUCCGACCCCGACCUCCGACCCCGACCUCCCCCCCGACCUCCGAGCCCGGACCUCCGCCCCCCGACCUCCGAGCCCCGACCAACCCCCGACCUCCGCGCCCCCGACCUCCCCCCGACCUCCGAACCCCCCUUUUAAUUAA